CACUCGUGCUUGUACUUGAGCAGUUGGUGAUUAAAGUCAGACUCUGUCUGUUUCAGUUAAUCUUUUUAAAAAGCUUGCAGGGUAAUUUGACAGUGCAAACUACUUAUUUUUACAGAAUUACCGUAAGUUUUCUUUUUUUCUUUUUUUAUCUGUUGAUUUAAAAAAGAGUUAAACGUUACAAAUUAUUUUUAAUUAAUAAUAAUUUCAGUUACUUGGGGUUAUUUUCAGUGUUCCAUUAAGCGCUGUCAUAUAAUAUCAUAUCAUAUACUGACCAUGCGAACAGCGGACAUGUGCAAUCACGAGAAAUUGCAGCACUGCAAACAAAAAGCAGGGUGCUGCAUAGAUUCAGCGAAGGAUAAGCUGUUCGCCUUGAGUAAAGACAUAUGGAGCUGUCCAGAACUAGCGUACGAGGAAAAGCAGUCUCAUGACAUCCUCGUCCGCUUCUUCACGGAGACAGAGAAGGGGUGGAGCGUUGAAAGCCAUUACAAACUGGACACGGCGUUCCGGGCCACAUGGGGACCCACAGGAGGCAACGCGGGGGGUGACACAUUAAACAUUGGCUUUCUGUGCGAAUAUGACGCAUUGCCAGGUAUCGGUCACGCAUGUGGACAUAACCUGAUCGCUGAGGUCGGCGCUGCCGCAGCUGUGGGAAUCAAAGGGGCCUUGGAGGCGCUGGUCGAUCCGCCAGUUCGAGUAACGGUGACUGUGAUUGGGACUCCUGCAGAGGAAGAGGGAGGUGGCAAGAUUGACCUGAUUGAAGCAGGAGGCUUUGAAGGGCUGGAUCUGGUGUUCAUGGCACACCCAUCACAGGAGGAUGCAGCCUACCUUCCUGACAUGGCUGAAAACGAUGUGACGGUGAAGUACUAUGGAAAGGCCUCUCAUGCUGCAGCAUACCCAUGGGCAGGAAUUAAUGCUUUAGAUGCUGCUGUCCUCGCUUACAACAACUUGUCUCUGCUGAGGCAGCAGCUGAAGCCUGACUGGAGACUCCACGGUAUCAUUAAACACGGAGGGGUGAAGCCGAACAUCGUUCCAGCAUACUCCGAGCUGUACUUCUAUCUGCGCACCCCGCAGCGCACCGACCUCCCGUUUCUCAGAGAGAAGGCGGAGCAAUGUUUCAGAUCUGCUGCCAUGGCAACCGGGUGCCGAGUAGAGCUGCAAUACGGGCCUCACGAGUACCACAAUGUUCUUCCCAACAAGACACUCGCGCGGCUGUAUGAGGAGAAUGGGAAGGCACUUGGCAUUGAAUUCACAACAGACAAGCAGGUGCUCAGCACUCCAUCUGGAUCCACAGAUUUUGGAAAUCUGUCCUUUAUUGUUCCUGGAAUCCACCCCUAUUUUUACAUUGGUUCUGAAGCACUGAAUCACACUGAAGAGUACACUGCAGCUGCUGGUUCUGAUGAGGCCCAGUUUUUCACCUUGCGGACUGCCAAGACACUGGUGAUGAUGGCGCUGGAUGUUCUGUUUAACCCAGAGCUUCUGAAGCAGGUGAAAGAAGACUUCCGCCUGUCCAAGCUGAAAGAAGAAUGUGAGCUGAGAGGAAGGGAAAACGGCAGUGGGCCUGGGCAGUGGGGUGGGGCAGCCAGCGCCUCCCGCUGAACCCUAACUGAGAGUACCAUUCUCCCUCGCUGCACUCAAACGAGAGCACAAUCACAUACCUGUCUCCAUGGGUUUCCUUUUAUUUUAUUUUUUAAAUUGCUCAAGUUGCUUCAUAGCGACCCAUCUAUUACUGCUUUAAAGUUUAGUUGUUAGCUUUUUCAAGGAAGGUGUAAGCUGCUCCUUUCUCAUGUUACCUAAACCACACUACAAUGCAAAUCAACUGAUGAGCAGUUAGGAGUGAUUACAGGGGUUG